AUGUUCAGACACGUAUUGAAAACUUCGGCGUAUAGGCCUGUUAGAACCCCAUCAUCUUCAUUAUUUCGUAUAGCGACUCUUCGACCAUGUUCCCAAUUUCACAGCAGUGCAUUAAUUCAAGGCUCCUCGAAAAAGAAUCAAAAAUUGAAAAAGGCACACAAGCAGCAAAAGAUACAAAUUGAGGAUGAUAAGAUCCAAGUAGAGGCGGAAGAAGAGGCUGUCACUCCAACUAUUGAUUUCAAAGAUGCCACUGCUAAAUUUGAAUCCAUUUUAUCCCGAUUUGAAAAAUUGGCAAAUGAAAUCAAGUUGGGUAAAUUAAACCCCAAGAUCUUUGAUAAUUUGUUAGUGAAUAUAGGCAACCAGAAAGACACCAUUGAGGUUCCCUUUAACACAAUUUCUCAGACUUCAGUCAAGGGGAGGAACUUCAUCAUCACCAUGUUUGAUCCUCUGAAUGCUCAAGCUAUCAUCAACACAAUUAUCGGAUCAGGGUUAAACAUGAGCGGAGUUGUUGAUCCUGCAAACAAGUUCAACAUUAAGGUGCCCUUGCCUCCAAUCACAUUAGAGACAAAACAAAACAACGUCAAGUUACUAAAAGAAUUAUUUGACAAGUUGAGAAAUAACAAAACUGGAUCGUUAACAUCGGUAAGAGGUGAUGUCAGACACAAAUUUCAGUCGCACUUGAAAACCCAUAAGUUGUCGGACCUGGAGAAUAAGCAAUUGAGCCAGUUAGAGAAGUUGCACAAGUUGUAUGUUGACAAACUACAAGAGUCCUUUAAAAAAUUUGAAAAAAGUAUAUUGCAAUGA